AGACACAAGGAGGACAGAAGAAGUUAUCAAACAAAAGGGCUGCUUGUCUCGGUAACGGAUUAGUUGAAACGUAGAAGUUUACAGUAAUGUAGAAUCUUGACUACUAUAAAUAACCCCUGUCACGUGAGAGCUGUGAAAGAUAAAAAAAAAAAUAAUGUAGGUCAAAGUAAUUAAAUGGUUUCACAUAUUUUAAAGUAUACAAUUAAACUCAAACGUUGUCACUUAUCAGUGCUAUUGAUAGGUCUAGUCAUGUUUCGCAUGUUGUAUGGACAAGGAACUAAUUAGAAUUACAAAUGGAUGUAGUGUUUCGGAGAGUUAUCGGUGCUGAAGGCGAACAACACAAUAUUUACAGUAACAAGGGAGAUUACUUGUUAAGCUCGGUAGAGCAUUGAAAGUGUUUUUGAUUGCAUAUCUAAUGAAGAAGUGGAUUCACGCAAAGAUGAAUCUUGUAAACAUUUCCUGGUGCUAGAAGCACUAAAUCUAUAUCAAAAGAUCCAUGAAAUAAACAGAUCUUUUUUUUUUAUUCGUGCCAGAUGGAUCUCACAAAUAACAAUAUUUGAACACACCUAAAUUUGUGGAACUAGAAGACAGAGCGACCCUUGUCAACUGCGCCACAGACUAGGGUGCUCACUUGACGGAACGAGCAACGAAAGGGGCGCGGCACUGUGAGAUUGAAUUUCGUUAUUCAGAUGUAAUCUUGGUGGAGAUCUCAAGGGCGUAUCAACAAUGAUGCUCCUCUGCGGUCCCGUUCUCUUGCUUCUUGGAGCUACGCUCUUGUCUCUCUGCGAUUCGGGUUCAUCUCAAGUAGAGGUAACAUCCAUGCCAACUGUUCUAAUUCAAGAAAGCAAAGAGUCAUUACAGAAUGCCAGCAGGACGGACAAGAAAGCUGGUAAGAAAAAAGUCCGCAUUAGCGUAAGACUUCAAUUACCCGCCAGCAAAGUGACGAAACUGUUAAAUGGUGAGGACGAGGGUCAGUACCGGAGACUUACAGAAAUACUAACAGAAGACAUUCAGAAAAUGUACGCUGACCAGCCAGGUGAACAAAAAGUGUACGAACUAAAGUUCAGCUCUAAAAGAAACCCAAAUGAGACCCAAGAACCAGAAUCGAAACAUCCCAAGAAAAACAUAAAGUCGGAACGACACAAGGAAAAGAAACGAAAAAUGCGAAUACAGAAAACAUUAAAAACGCUACGAAAUCAAACAGCUGAGGGCUCAGUGGUUAAUGAUGACAACAUAAUGCCUUAUUCAUCAAAGGGGAAGAAGAGUGGCAGACGGCGCCAGCAGAAGAGCAUUGCUGGAGAUCAGAAACGGAAACCGAGAAGGAAAGCGAGAAAAUCACAGAGAGUUACACAAGAAUUGAUGACGCCAUCAGAGGUAUCAAUCCCCAGCUUGACAAAGGAACCUAAGACCACAAACAGAGAGAUAAUGGCUGAACUCGUAACUACGACGGAGUUGUGGGGCAGCGGAGUGGCGGAGGGCGUCAAGGCAAGUGAUGACAAGUUCAAUGUCCCUAGACUGACCAACCUUUUCAGACAGUGUUUGAAACUCUCUACAGACAACCCAAACGACUACACCAUCUGGAUGGACCAGUACCUAGCUGCCUAUAAUGAAUUACUCCGCAUUUUUUACUUCUUCGGCCCAAUUUUUAAAUUCGCUGCAGACGAUGUCAGAGAAAAAAUAGACUUACUGCGAAGCCUUCGCCAGAGUGGAGACCUCCUCAAGAACGACAACUACACAAGCAUACAGAGUAUGUUUGAAUACGAGUUCUCUCCUUCGGGAAACGCCAGCAAACAAGAAGGCGUCCGCGAGAACAAGUACCUUCUUCGCGCCUUGAAGUUUAUCGGGCUGCUUAUCAAGCAUUUCCGGAAUAAGGACACCAGCCGAGGCAUGAGCUCCAAGGCGAAGGAGGCUUACGACGAAUCUCUAGCCCAGUAUCACGAGUGGUAUGUCCGCGCCGCUGUAAAUUUGGCCCUUCUGGCUUUCCCGUCCCGGGAAAGCGCUCUCGCAUUGAUGGACGUUCCCGACACGGAGGUGGGUGCGCGACAGAUGGACGACCUGUACCUGGCGGUGACCGCCGUCUAUAAUGAGAUGCUGAAGGUGUAUCUGAAAUACUCAGCAGCCACCUAGUGGUGACGACAACGUCAACGUUUCACGUACACACUCGGUGAUCUGUAAUGUAACACUUAAGUCUUAACUGCGGUGUCAUUAUCAAAUAUCGGAUUACCUGUAUAGCAAGAGCACUCAGCACCUGACCUAUAUAGGUUUGAGGAAUUGUUGUCAAAAAGAGGCAGAAAGUUUGCAAAGUUUUUCGCAGCAGAAAUGUACUUUGAUGCAAUAAUAUAAAGACAUUUUUGUCGUUUGAAAGUAAAAAGAUUCAUUAUGUACAUUUUAAUAUAUAAUAAUUAUUAUGUAAUCAUGUAUAAAUAUAUUCGCAAUUUUUAUGUUCCUCCACAAUAGUUUCGCAUUUAUUAUAAUCGAAGAUUUUCAUACAUGUAAAUCCAUAAAUAGCAAGGUGUUUUUGUAUAUCUGAUGUACCGAAUAAAGAAAGUGUUGAUAAACUUUGCUUUUUAAAAGUGUAAUUAGAAUUUUUGUGCACUUUUUAGCUAUACAUAAUCAUUUUUUCUGAUCACUUCCGCUCGUGGAUCUUUUUUUUUUUUUUAUAUAUAUAAUUUUGUUGGCAAGCUUAACGCUCAGUUUAGCGCCCUAAACAUUGUUUAGUUUACUUGAAAAUCUCCAAUAAUGGCUGCACACACACACACAGAAAACAUUUUCUUUCUGAAUGGCUUACAAAGAAAAGGGGAGGGGCGGUGGUCGAGGGGCUAAGAGCUUCGCUUCCAAACCUAGAGGUUCUGGUUUCGAAUCUCGGUGAAGGCUGGGAAUUUAAAUUUCUGCAUUUUUUUGGGCGCCCCUAAGUCCAUCCAACUCUAAUGGGUACCUAACUUUAAUUGUGCUGGUCACUGCUCGUUAGCCGUUGGCCUCAACAUCAUCUGCGCUCUAGAUCGCAAGAGGAACCGUGUAGAGAGGGAAGGUGGAGAUAAUUUUAAAAAAAGUUUGAUAGUUUUUUAAAAGUUAGGCCCACACUUUGACCAUAUGCUAAAUGUAGUUUUAUAAGCUUAUCCCAUUCAAAAUGGUUGUUCUUAACAAACACAUCUGUUUAUGCCAGGCCGUUAGAGGAAGAUCUUGAUUUCUAUUCGUGGUUUGGGCUGUGAGUCGCUUGCUCUAAAGACCACUUUAUUUUUUAUUAUCCCGCUUUAUUUAGAUAAUGUGGCAUCGAAGCUUCUUUCUUAAAAACACAGGCCUCGUUAGACUCAAUUUUCAAUGCCAUUAUUUUUCUUUCUACACUUCAUACUGUUAGCUUGCAUUCUCUUCAUAUGGGAAAAACUUGCCAGGUAGGUAUUUGGAAAAAAAAAAACGAUUUCUCUAGAAUCUUGACAGUUUAUGUAUGUCUUUGGGGAAAAAAAAUCCUAGCUAAUUGACCAUGCAGUGAAAACUCUGGUUUGACCGUUCUUGUUGACGGUCGUUGACUUGUAGCAACAAACUGCUGGUAGACAAACUGCAUUAGGCGUAUUAUUGCUUAAUUCGUAAAACUUGUAAAAAGUUACAUAACUUCUUUGUGAACAAUGCUAAAUAGAACUUGUAUUACAACAUAUACAAAACGAAGUGGAGAUAAAAGGAAACAAUGAAAUGAAAUGAGAUGAAAUAGUUGAGUAAUAGUUUAAUAGUUUAGUAAUAAACUAAAUGGUAUACCAAACAAAAUCUAACGCACUACAAUAACACGAUCUUUCAGUCUCACGUUCUGGAGUCGUCUGUCCUAACUAGGACAGCUGACGAUAUUGCCACCUAUCUUGCAUCAUUCACAAACAAUCGCUAACCUCUUCCCACCGUCACCAUAGAAACACACACAGACACACACUUACCAUAAUACUAUGACAAUUUUUCUAAUUAUAAUCAUCUUAAAAUUAAAUUUGGCUUAGGUUUCAAAUACAAAUACGGCUUCUUUGGAAAUAAUCACCCUCGACUCUAUGUUUGUGUGUGUGUGUGUAUUCAGUAAAGAGUCGAAGAAAUAGAUAGACGUCAAUAAACUUUUUGCGCAGAGUGUGAAGACGUUAAGCUUCAGUCUACAUUGUCCUUUUAAAAUCUUCACCUAUCCCUUAGUCUGUUGGACCGUUGGGGCACCAUGCAAGAUUCGUCGACCGUCUUUCUCCAUUCCUCUCUGUCUUUUGCCUUAGUUAGAGCCUCUUUCAAUGGCAGGCCCGUCCAUUCUUUUAUGUUGUCCUCGCAUCGUUUUCUCUGUCUGCCUCUUCUUCUUUUUCCUGGAACUGUUUCCUGAAGGAAGGUCUUUGAGAGCCCCGAAGAUCUUGUAUUAUGGCCAUAGAUUUUAAAAUCAUUAGCCGUACUGUAAAUGAAACAACUUAAUUGUUUAAAGCGCACAGGAAAGAUUUCUUAACAAAAAAAUAGAGCAUUUCAAGUAAUAAAUAGAAUGAGAUACGAUAGGCCACCAUCAGUAUGAUGAAUUACGAAUUGAUUAAAAAAAACUUUUUAUAUUAUAGUUUUUACUUGUUUAUGAGGCGCGGCGGCUGAGUGGUAAAGCUAUUGGAUUCCUAACCGGGGGUCCCGGGUUCGAAUCGUGGUGAAGAAUGGGAUUUUUAAUUUCGCAUUUUUAGGGCGCCUCAUACCCAGCUCAAUGGGUACCUGACAUUAGUUGGGGAAAAGUAAAGGCGGUUUGUCGUUGUUUAAUUAAACCGUGGGCCACAGAAACAGGUGACCUUUAGGCCUACAUCAUUACCCUAUAGAUCGCAAUGUCUAAAAGAGUUUUAUUAUUUAGCCUCAAAACGUCUUUUCACACGAUUCCUUUUUUUACUUUUUCAGUUGUUUUUUUUUUUACAGAGAUUUAUUUACUUCAUAGCAUUAAUAAAAUGUUAGAUGUCGGUUCAUAGUUCAUACCCACGACAAUGGUAAUAUGUCUCUUCUAUUGAGUAUAUAUCUUGAAUGCUCGGAAAUAUUCCAAUCGUUCAAUACUUCUCUAAGGGAAGUAAGCAUCGAAUGUAAUUGGAACCCAGAUCGUAUACGGCUUGUCACUACGAGUGUCCUCCCUUACCUGUUGAGACUUGGUGAUUCCCAGUAACAUGAUUCCAACAGGGCCGGCCUUAGGCUAAGGCAAACUAUGCUGCCUACUAGGGCCUCAAAUUGACGGGGGAGGAGCUCAGAACUCAAAACAUUUUUUAAGGGAAAAAAAUUGCAAAAUAUGGAUCAAAUCUCAAACCAGAACUCUAUGGCUCUAUGUUUACUAGCCUAGAUCUAAGUCUGUACUAUGAUUCAAGGUGUAUAGACGAAUGUUUAGAUCUACUUGUAAGACUACAUACAAGACCAAUGUUUCUUCCUUUUGGUUAAAAUGUUGAAACGUUAUUUCAAACCUGCUACUCAUAAAACGUCCCAUGAAGCACAUAUUAUUUCUUGAUUUAGUGGAAGGUUUUUUUUUAACUCAUUGCGUAUUUUUCUAUCUCUAUUUUUUGUAUCUCUAUUACACUUCGCAUAGACCCUCCAAUUACCUAAUGCCGGCCUUGAUUCCAUAUGCAUGUGCUUCAACCACCGGUAGAAAUAGAAAUUAUCAGAAGCGUCAGGGCGUCACUAUAGUCGGUGCCACCCGGUGCGGUCCGCACCCAACUAGUGACGCCACUGGAAACUAUUCAGAGAUAUCUUCUCUUGUAAUUUCAGCUAAUUAGUUUUAGUUACUGUCAAGAAAUGUACACCUAAUUUCCGAUGCUAUCAUCGUCUUGUAAUUUAGUGUAUAAAUAAAAAUUCAUUCUUUA